AGAGAGAGAGAGAGAGAGGUGCGCGCAACCAACAAGUGGCUCCCCCGCCACGCACAAGCCCGCUGCCGCAGCGUGUGCGCGCACCCAAACAUGGACUUUUUUGGGUGUGUUUUUAUUAUUCUAAUCUUUUUCAAUGAAUUCUCGUGAGCGAGGCAAGAUUUUGCACCCACCUUGCUCCAUGGACUCGCUGCUGCUGCCGCCGCUGUUGCCGCUUCCGAUGCGCUCCCCUGGUAGCCGUCCAGGCGAGUCGGUCUCCCGUAGCUAGAUCCCGCCGCCCCUAACCCCCCUGGAAUCUCCGGGAAGAGGGUCGCAGCCAUGCCGAUGCACCCGGUCACGUCCACGCUCAUGUACCGGGGCGUGUGCACCAUCCCGGACCUCCUCGCCUACCGCCCCCCGGUCAACCUGCCCGAGGACGAGGUGGAAGAGAUCCGCGAGGCGUUCAAAGUGUUCGACCGCGACGGCAACGGCUUCAUCUCCAAGCAGGAGCUGGGCAUGGCCAUGCGCUCCCUUGGAUACAUGCCCAACGAGGUCGAGCUCGAGGUCAUCAUACAGCGACUGGACAUGGAUGGCGACGGCCAGGUGGACUUUGAGGAGUUUGUCACGCUGCUCGGCCCAAAGUUGACGGCGGCCGCCAUGCCCGACAAGUUCAACGGAACUGACUUUGACUCAGUUUUCUGGAAGUGUGACAUGCAGAAGCUUACGGUAGAGGAGCUGAAGCGUCUGCUGUACGACACCUUCUGCGACCACCUGUCCAUGAAGGACAUCGAGAACAUCAUCAUGACCGAGGAGAACCACAUGGUGAACCCCGAGGACUGCCAGGUGGACAUCGACAGUUCCAGCCCCACGCAGCAGGUCAAGCAGACUUGCGUGCGCAAGAGCCUGAUCUGCGCCUUCGCCAUCGCCUUCAUCAUCAGCGUAAUGCUGAUCGCCGCCAAUCAGGUGCUGCGCAGCGGCAUGAAAUAGUCAAUCGUUUGCUAGACUUAACGGACAACAAAAACUCUACGGACGUAGGGGCUUCAAAGACACAUGGACCACAUAUGGCUCCAACGCCUGGUCAUUGUGUGACGUCUUUUGUGCGUGUGCGUGCGAGUGUAAUACAGUACAGUGAACCCCCGUUUAUCGCAGGGAUAUAUCACUGACCCACCCACAAAAGGUAAAAAUCACACAAUAGAGAAAAAGCGUGUCACAAAAGACUUGAACAAAUCUCAGUCUCAGCUUAAUGCUAACAUGUAAUACGAAACGUCAUAGACAGGCUAAAGUCAUUAGCAUUGAUGUCAUGGUAAUUGAAAAUAAAUUUUGAACACAAAUGCUACCUCACACACGCACCCAAAUUCAGAAGAAUGACAGCAUCGAAAGCAACCGAGGCUCUGACACUUCGACAAAUUGAGAUUUGGCUGUGUGCUGUAAAAAAAA